AUGUGCGGCCCACACCCACAGUUGGGUCGCGCUCAAGCUGCUGGCCUGACGGGACCGGGGCGUGGCCAGCCCGCCUGGCUCGUGCCGGCCUUUGUGCGGCCCACAGUUGGGUCGCGCUCAAGCUGCUGGCCUGGCGGGACCGGGGCGUGGCCAGCCCGCCUGGCUCGUGCCGGCCUUUGUGCGGCCCACAGUUGGGUCGCGCUCAAGCUGCUGGCCUGGCGGGACCGGGGCGUGGCCAGCCCGCCUGGCUCGUGCCCGGCCUUUGUGCAGCCCACAGUUGGGUCGCGCUCAAACUGCUGGCCUGACAGGACCGGGGCGUGGCCAGCCCGCCUGGCUCGUGCCCGGCCUUUGUGCAGCCCACAGUUGGGUCGCGCUCAAGCUGCUGGCCUGACAGGACCGGGGCGUGGCCAGCCCGCCUGGCUCGUGCCCGGCAUUUGUGCGGCCCACAGUUGGGUCGCGCUCAAGCUGCUGGCCUGGCGGGACCGGGGCGUGGCCAGCCCGCCUGGCUCGUGUCCGGCCUUUGACCGGGGCGUGGCCAGCCCGCCUGGCUCGUGCCCGGCAUUUGUGCGGCCCACAGUUGGGUCGCGCUCAAGCAACUGGCCUGGCGGGACCGGGGCGUGGCCAGCCCGCCUGGCUCGUGUCCGGCCUUUGUGCGGCCCACAGUUGGGUCACGCUCAAGCUGCUGGCCUGACAGGACCGGGGCGUGGCCAGCCCGCCUGGCUCGUGCCCGGCCUUUGUGCGGCCCACAGUCGGGUCGCGCUCAAGCUGCUGGCCUGGCGGGACCGGGGCGUGGCCAGCCCGCCUGGCUCGUGCCCGGCCUUUGUGCGGCCCACAGUCGGGUCGCGCUCAAGCUGCUGGCCUGGCGGGACCGGGGCGUGGCCAGCCCGCCUGGCUCGUGCCCGGCCUUUGUGCGGCCCACAGUCGGGUCGCGCUCAAGCUGCUGGCCUGGCGGGACCGGGGCGUGGCCAGCCCGCCUGGCUCGUGCCCGGCCUUUGUGCGGCCCACAGUCGGGUCGCGCUCAAGCUGCUGGCCUGGCGGGACCGGGGCGUGGCCAGCCCGCCUGGCUCGUGCCCGGCCUUUGUGCGGCCCACAGUCGGGUCGCGCUCAAGCUGCUGGCCUGGCGGGACCGGGGCGUGGCCAGCCCGCCUGGCUCGUGCCCGGCCUUUGUGCGGCCCACAGUCGGGUCGCGCUCAAGCUGCUGGCCUGGCGGGACCGGGGCGUGGCCAGCCCGCCUGGCUCGUGCCCGGCCUUUGUGCGGCCCACAGUUGGGUCGCGCUCAAGCUGCUGGCCUGGCGGGACCGGGGCGUGGCCUGCCCGCCUGGCUCGUGCCGGCCUUUGUGCGGCCCACAGUCGGGUCGCGCUCAAGCUGCUGGCCUGGCGGGACCGGGGCGUGGCCAGCCCGCCUGGCUCGUGCCCGGCCUUUGUGCGGCCCACAGUCAGGUCGCGCUCAAGCUGCUGGCCUGGCAGGACCGGGGCGUGGCCAGCCCGCCUGGCUCGUGCCGGCCUUUGAGCGGCCCACAGUCUGUCGCGCUCAAGCUGCUGGCCUGGCGGGACCGGGGCGAAGCCAGCCCGCCUGGCUCGAGCCCGCCCUUUGUGCGGCCCACAGUCGGGUCGCGCUUAAGCUGCUGGCCUGGCAGGACCGGGGCGUGGCCAGCCCGCCUGGCUUGUGCCGGCCUUUGUGCGGCCCACAGUCGGGUCGCGCUCAAGCUGCUGGCCUGGCGGGACCGGGGCGUGGCCAGCCCGCCUGGCUCGUGCCGGCCUUUGUGCGGCCCACAGUUGCGUCGCGCUCAAGCUGCUGGCCUGGCAGGACCGGGGCGUAGCCAGCCCGCCUGGCUCGUGCCCGCCCAUUGUGCGGCCCACAGUCGGGUCGCGCUCAAGCUGCUGGCCUGGCAGGACCGGGGCGUUGCCAGCCCGCCUCGCUCGUGCCGGCCUUUGUGCGGACCACAGUCGGGUCGCGCUCAAGCUGCUGGCCUGGCAGGACCGGGGCGUUGCCAGCCCGCCUCGCUCGUGCCGGCCUUUGUGCGGACCACAGUCGGGUCGCGCUCAAGCUGCUGGCCUGGCAGGACCGGGGUGUGGCCAGCCCGCCUGGCUUUUGCCCGGCCUUUGUGCGGCCCACUGUCGGGUCGCGCUCAAGCUGCUGGCCUGGCAGGACCGGGGUGUGGCCAGCCCGCCUGGCUAGUGCCCGCCCUUUGUGCGGCCUACAGUCGGGUCGCGCUCAAGCUGCUGGCUUGGCGGGACCGGUGCGUGGCCAGCCCGCCUGGCUCGAGCCCGCCCAUUGUGCGGCCCACAGUCGGGUCGCGCUCAAGCUGCUGGCCUGGCGGGACCGGGGCGUGGCCAGCCCGCCUGGCUCGUGCCCGGCCUUUGUGCGGCCCACAGUUGGGUCGCGCUCAAGCUGCUGGCCUGGCGGGACCGGGGCGUGGCCAGCCCGCCUGGCUCGUGCCCGUACUUUGUGCGGCCCACAGUCGGGUCGCGCUCAAGCUGCUGGCCUGGCGGGACCGGGGCGUGGCCAGCCCGCCUGGCUCGUGCCCGGCCUUUGUGCGGCCCACAGUUGGGUCGCGCUCAAGCUGCUGGCCUGGCGGGACCGGGGCGUGGCCAGCCCGCCUGGCUCGUGCCCGGCCUUUGUGCGGCCCACAGUCGGGUCGCGCUCAAGCUGCUGGCCUGGCGGGACCGGGGCGUGGCCAGCCCGCCUGGCUCGUGCCCGGCCUUUGUGCGGCCCACAGUUGGGUCGCGCUCAAGCUGCUGGCCUGGCGGGACCGGGGCGUGGCCAGCCCGCCUGGCUCGUGCCCGGCCUUUGCCAACGACAGCUUCGUGAGCGACAGGCAAGCAUCUGUCGCGUCCCGUGAUUGGUGGUCGGUGGUCGCGUCGCCCGGCCGGGAACCAGACUGUCACCCCAGACCUCAGACAGACUCAGACAAACAGCCCUCGCUGGUUGUCGGGCGAGGGGCACCGGUGGACGCUUGCAGGCGCUCGCAGACGCUUGAGGGCGCUUGA